GGGUUUUCAGAAGCAAGCUAGAAUAACACUAGAGUCCAAACAGUCAACUACUAAAUCAACAAAGGAGAAGAAACCUGCGGCCGGAGGAAAAUCUAAACCCGGGAAGGAGGAGGAUCCAUUGAAGUUUGAAAACUAUUUCCAGUUCUCCUGUCCGGUCAACUUUGUUAAGUCCCACCAAAUCCUGGCCAUCAACCGAGGGGAGUCACUCAAGAUUCUAUCUGUCAAGGUUAACCUGCCAGAGGACUGGCUGAUGAAUCAGCUGAAAAGACAGGUUCAAUUCAGAUGGUUAAACCGAGGGAGGCAGUAUCCCACCAGGACAAGUAUGGUUGAAAAUGCCCUGAAGGAUGCAUACAAGCGUCUUAUCAGUCCAUUGAUGAUUAGAACUUGCCGGUCUGAGCUGACUAAGAUGGCGGAAAACGACGCCAUCUUGAAUUUUGCAGAAAAUUUACGAAAACUGCUUUUGACCCCGCCAUUCAGAGGGUUCAAGAUUCUUAGCAUAGAUCCAGGAUUCAGUCAUGGCUGCAAACUUGCUGUUAUUUCUGAAAGUGGAGAUGUUAUAGAUACCGGGGUGAUUUAUCCCAGAUUCAAGGAUCCUAGAGCGGAUGAACAACCACUCAGGAUUUUAUGUGAUAUGGUUCAAAACUAUGGGGUUGGAACUAUUGCCAUUGGAAAUGGUACUGGAUGUCGGGAGACACAGGAGCUGGUCAGCUACGCUAUAGAAGCUGGACGAUUUAACCCGGUCAAAGUCAGGUAUACUAUAGUUGAGGAGAGAGGGGCUAGCAUAUACAGCUGUUCACCUCUAGCAUCUCAGGAGUUUCCUAAAAUGGAUACAAAUAUCAUAUCUGCCGUAUCACUAGGAAGACGACUUCAAGAUCCUCUGUCAGAGUAUGUAAAGAUUGAACCGCAUCACCUAGGAUGUGGUAUGUACCAGCACGACGUGUCCCAGACUAAACUGAACACAGCUCUGGACGAAAUUGUUGUAGAGUGUGUCAGUUUUGUUGGAGUAAACUUAAAUUCAUGUUCUGAACAUUUGCUGCGCAGAAUAGCAGGACUAACUGCAGCUAGAGCAAAGUCGAUUGUGGAGUUUCGACGUAAGAACGGAGAUUUUAAGGCCAGAGAGGAUCUGAAAUUAGUAAAAGGAAUCGGUGGGAAAGUAUUUGAGCAAUGCUCUGGUUUUCUACGAAUCUCAAAAUCAACCAAAGAAAAUGGCGACGGUUCAGAAAAGCCCGCCAAACCAGCCAAAUCUGUGAAGAAAUCCGGGAAAAGUAGCGCCCAGGCAGGAGCAGCUGAUUGGAAUCCUUUAGAUGCUACAAAUAUCCAUCCAGAGUCCUAUCUAGCAGCUACUGAGCUGGUCAAGCUGACUGGAGCUGUGUUAGAGGAGAUUGGAUCCAACCAGUUUGUAAACACAAUAACUAGUUUUGUUUGUAAACAGAACCCUGAGGAGCUGGCAACUAGGCUGAAGAUCGGUCUACCUACUCUGGAUCUAAUCAUAGGGAGUUUGAAGCAGGAUUUGGAAUACGACUAUAGACAAGAGUUUGGGGCACCUAUUUUCAGGAAUGGUAUGACCCGCUUAGAGGAUAUUCAUCCUGGCAACCUUCUAACAGGACGUGUAUCUAAUGUCACCGCAUUCGGGGCCUUUGUGGAUAUUGGUAUUGGCAAAGACGGCCUUAUUCAUAUUAGCAAGAUGAGAGGAAGAAAAGUGGAGUUGGGGAACAGGGUGGAGGUCCGCUUGCUGAGCAAGGACGCAGAGCGAGGCAAGAUCAGUCUGGAGCUUGUUAAUAUUUUGUAAUCUGAAUAUUCUUACAGUUUCAAUGUGUUCAUUGUGAUAUUUUCCAGCAUUUAAAUAAAUGAAAUGUUCUGAACAAAAUCUGUUCAUUUUUGUCUAAAUUAUUAUUUUUUCAGA